AUGCCUGGUACUCUGACUGUAGUGCUGAUCAGAGACCUUAGGGCAGAGUGUGCUGUGGAAGUGAAAUACAACAGAUCUAAGAAAUUAAGCCCUGAUUGUAAAGAAUCUGCUAAUCAUCCUGGUAAAUUUGAGUUUAUUAUUAUCAUUAUCACCAUCCCAGAAUACAACUUUGGGUUAUCAUCCAGUGAACCAAUGCACAUCAAACCCGGACAUCACUGGAGCAAAGGAACGUCCUCAAACUCCUCAACUGAAAAUAUGAAGAAGCAAGGUUCAGAUAGCAAUCCUGCUCCAGUUUUGCCAGCGCUUCCAGAACCACUCAAAGAUCUGAAAAUUAAGUACACCAAGAUAUUUAUAAACAAUGAGUGGCAUGAUUCAGUCAGUGGUAAAAAAUUUGAAGUCUUUAACCCUGCAAUUGAAGAGAAAAUCUGCGAGGUUGAAGAAGGCGACAAGGCAGAUGUAGACAAGGCUGUUAAAGCAGCUAGAAAAGCUUUUGAGCUUGGGUCACCCUGGCGUACCAUGGAUGCUUCAGAGCGAGGAAGGCUCUUGAAUAAACUAGCUGACUUAGUCGAAAGAGAUCGGCUGAUUUUAGCUACAAUGGAAGCUAUUGAUGGUGGGAAACUCUUUUCCACUGCCUACCUAAUGGAUUUAGGUGCCUGUAUCAAAACAUUAUGCUACUGUGCAGGCUGGGCUGAUAAAAUCCAUGGGCGUACUGUUCCAAUGGAUGGAAACUUUUUUACAUUUACAAGACAUGAGCCUAUUGGUGUGUGUGGUCAAAUUAUUCCUUGGAACUUCCCAUUGGUUAUGUUCAUCUGGAAGAUCGCCCCUGCCCUUUGUUGUGGAAACACGGUGGUUGUCAAACCAGCAGAACAAACUCCACUGACUGCCCUUUACAUGGGAUCCUUAAUUAAAGAGGCAGGAUUUCCACCUGGAGUUGUGAACAUUGUGCCAGGCUUUGGACCCACCGCUGGAGCAGCAAUUUCUCACCACAUGGAUGUAGACAAAGUAGCUUUCACAGGCUCUACAGAGGUUGGCAAAUUGAUUAAAGAAGCAGCAGGGAAGAGCAAUCUGAAGAGAGUUACAUUGGAACUCGGAGGAAAAAGUCCUAACAUUAUAUUUGCAGAUGCAGACUUGGACACUGCUGUGGAAUUUGCACAUAUUGGUCUGUUCUACCACCAGGGACAGUGUUGCAUAGCAGGAUCUAGGAUUUUUGUGGAAGAGCCUAUUUAUGAUGAGUUUGUUCGCCGGAGCAUUGAACGAGCAAAGAAGUAUACUCUUGGGAAUCCUCUGUUGCCUGGUGUACAGCAAGGUCCUCAAAUUGAUAAGGAGCAAUUUCAAAAAAUUCUGGAGCUAAUUGAGAGUGGGAAAAAAGAAGGAGCCAAACUGGAAUGUGGAGGAGGUCCAUGGGGAGACAAAGGUUACUUCAUCCAGCCCACAGUUUUUUCUAAUGUUACAGAUGAUAUGCGCAUCGCCAAAGAAGAGAUAUUUGGACCUGUUCAACAAAUCAUGAAGUUUAAAACUAUAGAUGAAGUUAUCAAGAGGGCAAAUAAUACUACCUAUGGCUUAGCUGCAGCAGUUUUUACCAAAGACAUUGAUAAAGCACUGACGUUUGCAGCUGCUCUUCAGGCUGGAACAGUGUGGGUCAAUUGUUACAGUGCAAUGUCUGCUCAGUGUCCUUUUGGAGGAUUUAAGAUGUCAGGAAAUGGACGAGAAAUGGGAGAAUAUGGCCUUCAUGAAUACACAGAAGUUAAGACUGUCACAAUCAAAAUCCCACAGAAGAACUCAUAAUGCUGCUUGAGAUGCAGAA